AUGAAUUUCGAAUAUAUUAAAACUGCAAGGAAGGUAAUAUGUAUUGGUAGGAAUUAUGCUGCCCAUAUUAAGGAAUUAAACAAUAAAGUUCCAAAACAACCAUUUUUCUUUCUAAAACCAACGUCAUCAAUUAUAACACCUAUAUCUGCAGAUUACCCUUGUAAGCAACUACCUGACAAAUCAUCAUUUAAUGGGUUUAAUUCAGAUGGCUCAAACCCUGGGAAUAUUUUAAUCCCAAAUGGAACUAUUGUUCAUCAUGAAACUGAACUAGCAGUUGUCAUGGAUAAAUAUGUUUCAAAUGAGUUAUCAACAUCUAUAUCAAAUGAAAAUGUUUGGGACUACAUUCGUGGGGUCUCUUUAGCUCUAGACUUGACUGCAAGAAACGUUCAAGAUGAGGCUAAGAAGAAAGGGUUGCCAUGGAGUAUUGGUAAGGGUUUUGAUACAUUUUUACCAAUCUCAGGAUAUAUACCAAAAGAAACUUUGUUAAAAACAACAAAAAGUGCCGAUUUACAGAAUUCAUUCCGUCUAAAAUGUUACGUGAAUGGUGAAUUAAGACAAGAUGGAACCACCGAUUUAAUGCUUAACCCUCUUCCCAAGAUAAUUCAACAUAUAUCGACAAUGAUUACAUUAGAGCCCGGUGAUAUAGUGUUGACUGGUACUCCAUCAGGUGUUGGUGAAAUACAUAACGGUGAUGUAAUUGUAACGGAAUUAUUUUUGAAUGACGUAAAAUUAACAGAUAUGAAGUAUGAUUGCAAAGAACGUCCAGGCCCCUAUAAGUAUAUUGAGACUUAA